UUUAGUUACUUUCUUGUUUCUCAAUUGCGACUGAAAUUCUUCCUGUAUUUAUCCUGUUUUUCUCCAACUUUGAGAAUCRAAUGUAAAGCUUGUAAUGAAGUCGAUAUAGUCCUUAAAGAAAACAAGAUAAUAAGAAUAAGAAUCCCUAUKCUAAAAGACUGCUUGACUAAAACUACCGCACCUUCGUUUUACAGCACAUUUCCAUAUCUAUAAUCCUGCAUUCAGCGCARGGUUUCAAAAUUGUUUGAUCUUCGAUUAAGGUUUGGUCACUGGUUUGCAUAAUUUUUAGAAAAUUCUUUUCCCAAGGUCGUGKCGACCGUYGAGUAGCAUCCAACCUACUCGAGUAUUUUAAUACAAAGCACAGUGGGUGAUGUUCGCGUCAUCUCSAACUAAGCCGGUCCUGACAGCUCCCUUGAUAUGGUGUUGACAGCAAUGAUUAUUUGGGGUAUAAUCGAGAGGCUAUUGAUCCCUGACAGUCAUUCAAAUAUUCUCUGAACUACACAAUACGCGUGGAGGGUUUCAAGGUCUUCAACAUAUAUCUCAGUUUUCCGUUGGUGUAUUUAAGGUAGAAUACUACAGUAUAUUGACCAGAUAGAGCGUUCAUGAUGUUCUUUCGGUAUUUUGCUGCUGUUCUUUUAUGUUAUCAUGGUAUAAAUUGUGGACCAACGAAUAAUGCUACUACCUCGCCAAGAAUACCUGUAUUCCGACCAUGUAACGAGCAAGUAUGUGCGUCACGUCUUUCUGCUUGUCAACURAUGCAGGCGUGUAAUUGCGUCCCCCCUGAUUGCUCCUGCUGCGCAGACUGCACUAAUUGUUUGGGGUCGCUGUGGAAUUCUUGCUGUGAUUGUCUGGGGCUUUGUCUUGCACACCUUGAAAGUUCGUCUCCUUUGAAUUAUGUAAUUGGUGACCUGUCAUCGUCSAUUCCAUCGCUGUUCAAUGCACUAAGUGAAGGACAGAACGAUCUUCCUGCGGUGUUUACYUUUCGUCCACACGCUUCUUUCACUCCAACGCAACCAUCACAAGUUGCAGGUAAUAGAACGCGUAGUGGGAACUCUCAGCAGAUAUGUAAAACGGCAUUUUUUGACAACUGUCGCUCACUGAAGCACUGUAAAACAGUUUGCAACUCGAUGGGAGCUCAACGAUAUCGAUGGUUUCACAAUGGAUGCUGUCAGUGUGUCGGCCAUUACUGCGUCGACUAUGGUGAAACUAAGCCACUUUGCAAAAACUGCAAGAAUUGACGAAACUGCAAUGAUAAGACUGCAUCUUUUGUAUUCAUCAAGAACUAUAAUGUAUGACGCGUCCAUUUUAGUGUAAAGUAUGUUAGUAUUUCACGGAUGGAUUGUAAUCAUUAUUUUUUCGGUUCACGCGUCAAGGUUUAUACAGAAAGGUUCAUUUCAGAGCGUGCGUUUACCCGUGAAAUGUUGUGCACACUUUGACCAAUUACAACGCGCUUGUAACUAGCAUUAGUUAUAAGUUAGACUAUGUUCCCUAGGACGAGGACGUGCAGCAGUUUUUUAGCACUCGAUGUUUUCUGUAUAAUUCACAGAACAAGAAACACUAGACGYAUGAAACAUAGCUAUAAGGAAAAAAUGAAAUUGAACAGUACAAUUGCUUUUUUUUAUUAACACUGUUUUAUUUGUCAUAAAUAAGCGCACAAAAUACCAUAAUAAUACCAUAGUCACAAAAGAUAGACGUUUUCCUCAAUAUUUCAUGAAGUUUUAAGUCGUUUUUUUUUUCUUAUAUUAAAACUUUGUCGUAACAAUGCUGCUUUUUCUUAUUUUUUAUAUUCUCCUGAUAAACAUUUUUAUAAGUAUUAUAUUACAAGUUUUAAGUAUUGUCCAAAAGUAUAGAAAAAAUUUCCAUUUUCACACUGUAUUUUGUUGUUUUCUUUGUCAUGGCAAUCGCAUAGUMCUAGAUCUACUGUACAUAUCAUGAUUUUCCUUCAGUGUACUGCGGCUGCCAUAUACUAGCUUAAAUAAUACCUAAUAACAUGUUAAAUAGAUAUCUUUGAUAUUAUGAUGUCCAUCACACAACUUUUAUAGCAUACUUCGCACUAAUUUUAUAACAAAAUAUUUUAUAAAUAAAA